AUGGAGGAGCGGCGCGCCGGGGAGGCCUGCCUGCUCGAGAAGGUCCAGCAUCACGGGGAUGCCCUGGCCAGGAUUGAGGCGCUCAUCGGGCCAGGGGCUUCGCAAGACGUCGACUCCGUCGCCGAGUCGGCCGCCGAGGAGGAUUGUGCCAAGCGGCCACCGUUGGAGAAGUCCAGCACCGUUGGCUUGAGUGUUAGAGUUUCCUCGGCUCUUUUCGAGGAGGACGGUUCUUCCAUGCACAGCCGCUGCAGAAUGAUGGUCCACCAACGCCGCCGAUUCGCCGUGUGCACUUCGUGCUUGAUAGUAGCGAACAGCAUUUUUUUGGGGCUUGAGGCUAACGCAACCAUAACCUCAUCGGGCUUGACUACGCCAGAUGGCAUCGCGUGGCGACUAGCCAACGCCUUCUUCGCACUCGCGUUUCUGGUGGAACUGGUAGUCCGCUGGGUCUCCGACGGUGCCGCCUUCUUUUUGCUGCCCCGCAAUUCGGACUGUUUCUGGAAUUGGAUGGACACGCUGCUUAUCCUGAUCACCGUUAUCGAAGAGAUUCUUCGAUAUUUUACAGUCGACGUCAUUACCUUUGGUUUCCUGCGUUUAUCUCGCCUGCUCAGGGUGACCCGAAUGAUGCGCGCCUUCAAGGUAGUCCGCGAAUUCAAAGAACUGAAGACUAUGGUUACUGGACUCUUGAAUUGUGCGAAACCUCUCUUCUGGGCUGGGGUGCUGCUGGCGUGUUUGACCCACCUGAUCGGAGUUCUGAUAGCUCAGCUUCUGACGGAGUAUUUGCGUUCAGUCCAGGAUAGAGACCUCGACGCAGAGGACGCGCAUGCGAUUCAUUACAUCACACGGAACCUCCCGAAUCUAUGGGAGAGCAUGUGCUCGCGGUUCGAGGCCCUCACCGGUGGACGGGACUGGGGCGAAAUUGCACGCCCCUUCCGGCAUAUACAUUUUGUAUUGACGUGGUGCUUGGUCCUGUACAUCGUCAUUGGGAUUUUCUGCAUUCUCAACCUGCUGAGUGUCCUCAAGAAAUACGGUGUUGUCGGCCUUCGAGCGGUGGACACGAGGCCCUUGAACGAGGAGUUCAAGGACUGCGAAACGACGACAGCGGAGGACUACAGGGCAACAGGAAAGGGCAACAGGAGAGGGUGGCGGAGGAGGCUGCUAGAGAGGGUAGAAAAGGAGGGCUGCAAGCCACAGCCCCCACCCCAAAAGGCAAAAGCAGGAGGAGGGAACCCACUAAUGGCUCCCGGGCGCCCGGGCGGCGCCAGGAAGUGGCAAAGCCAAUCUCUGACUGAGGAGGCCGGAGCCUGA